GAGACGCUCGAAGGGAUUACUUCCUGCUGGGUUUGCUGUGAACCUGCUGCAGGAGUUUGGGCUGCAGCUGAUGAUCGUUCUGCUACGGGAAGCUGGCGAUGGAGCGCCCGGGGCCCAACGAAGUGACAGGCUCCGACGCAUCGGGACCGGACCCGCAGCUGGCGGUCACCAUGGGCUUCACGGGGUUCGGGAAAAAAGCUCGCACAUUUGAUUUGGAAGCAAUGUUUGAACAAACUCGAAGAACAGCUGUGGAAAGAAGUCGGAAAACUUUGGAAGCAAGAGAAAAAGAGGAAGAAAUGAACAGAGAGAAAGAAUUAAGAAGGCAAAGUGAAGAUAUUGAACCAACAUCUUCAGGCUCAAAUGUGGUCAGAGAUUGCUCUAAAUCAUCUUCCAGUGCCACAAGCAGCAGUGAAAGUGAAGAGAGUUCCGAGUCUUCUGAUGAUGAGGAGCUCAUUGGCCCGCCUUUGCCCCCGAACAUGGCGGAAGAGCCGGUGAAUCAGAUGGAGGAAGCUAUUGGUCGUUUGCCACCGCCUCUUCGUGAAGAAGAGGAGGAAGAUGAUGAUGGCGAUGGUGAUUCAGAAGAGGAGGAAAAUCCUGUCCAAAAGAUUCCUGACUCGCAUGAGAUAACGCUAAAGCAUGGGACUAAAACAGUUUCUGCUUUGGGUCUGGAUCCCUCAGGUGCCCGCUUGGUGACUGGAGGAUAUGACUAUGAUGUUAAGUUUUGGGAUUUUGCUGGAAUGGAUGCCUCUUUUAAGGCAUUUCGGUCCCUUCAGCCCUGCGAAUGUCAUCAGAUCAAGUCAUUACAGUAUAGUAACACAGGAGACAUGAUUCUUGUUGUAUCUGGAAGCUCUCAAGCCAAAGUGAUCGACAGAGAUGGUUUUGAAGUAAUGGAAUGUAUAAAAGGAGACCAGUAUAUUGUGGACAUGGCCAACACCAAGGGUCACACAGCAAUGCUUCAUACCGGCUCAUGGCAUCCCAAAAUAAAAGGAGAAUUUAUGACUUGCUCAAAUGAUGCGACUGUGAGGCUAUGGGAAGUUGAAAAUCCAAAGAAGCAAAAAAGUGUGUUUAAACCACGGACGAUGCAGGGUAAGAAAGUAAUCCCCACCACGUGCACGUAUAGCAGAGAUGGGAACCUUGUAGCCGCCGCCUGCCAGAAUGGGAGCAUACAGAUCUGGGACCGAAACCUGACUGUUCAUCCUAAAUUCCACUACAAGCAGGCGCACGCCCCUGGCACAGACACUUCCUGCGUGACUUUCUCCUAUGAUGGUAAUGUCCUUGCCACUCGCGGAGGUGAUGAUACAUUAAAAUUAUGGGACAUCCGACAGUUUAAUAAACCACUUUUUUCAGCUUCAGGUCUUCCAACCAUGUUCCCAAUGACCGACUGCUGUUUCAGUCCAGAUGAUAAACUAAUAGUAACCGGCACAUCUGUUCAAAGGGGAUGUGGCAGCGGCAAACUUGUUUUCUUUGAGCGCAGGACUUUCCAACGGGUAUACGAAAUAGACAUCACGGAUGCGAGCGUGGUCCGCUGCCUGUGGCACCCAAAGCUGAACCAGAUCAUGGUGGGAACUGGAAAUGGACUGGCCAAAGUCUAUUACGACCCCAACAAGAGUCAGAGGGGAGCAAAAUUAUGCGUGGUUAAAACCCAGCGGAAGGCGAAGCAAGCUGAGACUCUGACCCAGGACUACAUCAUCACCCCCCAUGCCUUGCCUAUGUUCCGUGAGCCUCGCCAGCGCAGCACCAGGAAGCAGCUGGAGAAGGACAGACUGGACCCCGUGAAGUCUCACAAGCCCGAGCCGCCUGUGGCAGGCCCAGGUCGGGGCGGCCGGGUUGGCACCCAUGGGGGCACUCUGUCGUCAUACAUCGUGAAGAACAUCGCCUUGGAUAAGACCGAUGACAGCAACCCCCGGGAGGCCAUUCUGCGUCACGCCAAAGCCGCCGCAGACAACCCGUACUGGGUCUCUCCAGCGUACUCCAAGACUCAGCCCAAAACCAUGUUUGCACAAGUUGAAUCUGAUGAUGAGGAAGCAAAGAAUGAGCCAGAGUGGAAAAAACGUAAAAUUUGAAGAAUCUCAUAUGAGAGCUGUUUGCAUGAUGGAGAGGGAUAUUGGACAGUUUGGGUUUUUUUAAUGAAAUGAAAAAUGCAUUUUUAUGAACAGAUUUUGUCUUUUGCCUUAUUGAACUGUUCAAAAUAUUGGUAGCUACCCUUCCCUAAAAUUAUGCUUACAUUUUCUUAUCUACAACUAUUAAACUGUAUUACAAGUAAAUAAGAAACAGAUUCUUAGCCUAUUACCACGUACUUCAGAUAUUUGGAAACUUUAUUCAACAAUUGCUGGUCUUGUGCAGAUUCUCCUAACCUUCGGGAAGGGAAUGUACAUUGAGAUGCACAUCUGUCUUGAGCAAUUCUCGGAACGGAGUAUGGAAAUAGACAUCAAAAAGUUUCACAUUUCUGUGUAAUAUCACAACAGUUGUUUACAUGACUGUAAAUAAUUAGGCUGAGUUCAAACUAAAAACAUUGCCAUACGAGGAAAGAAUGUGUGUGUCUGAUGAUCCUUCAACAGCAGAAUACAGUGGUUCGGGGUUAAGAAGCAGGCUUUGAAGUCAGACUGAGGUGGGUUCAAAUCCAGCCCCUGCUCUUACUGCCUGGCUCACCUCAGGAGAGUUGUUCAAAUUUCUCUCUUCUAGACUCAGAUGAUAAUCGUACUGCCCUUGUACAUUUUUCAAAAGGACUAGAUGAGACACUCCUUGUAGAGUGUUUGAUAUAGUAUCUGGCACACAGGAAGUCUACACUCAAUAUUUGCUCUUUUAAAAUAGAACUAAUGAUAUCUACUUUGCCUAAUUGUUAUCAGUAUUUGGUGUAGAAAGGCUUUGUAAAUGUAAGAACUAUGUUGUAAGUAGAAGACUUGAAGAAUCAUUCUGAAAGAUACUUGUGCUUUUGUGACUAGGAAACUAAAACAAAAGCUGGCAGUUUGUCCAAAGUAAUAAUGAGUCAAUAGA